GUGAUGCUGCUGUAAUACGAUAUACAAAGCAAUUGACUGGAGGAGUGUUGCAUUUGCCGGCCCUACGCCGCCGAGUCCCUUGACCUGCCUACCGUUUCGCGCCGCUCCCUGCAUCUCAGUACUUUUGUAUUGAUUAGGAGACACCACUGAAUCGGGUGCCAGUACACAAAGCAGGUACAUAGAGCCGCUAACGCGGCAACGUAAGGCGCGACCAUGCACCUCAACAAUUCGUUCAUAAAGAAGACGAAGAAGGGCAAAGUGGUCAAGGUUGUCAAGGAGCGCUAUCUGCGAGAUGACAUCUGGAGCGGCUCCCCCCUGGACCCCGAGGCCGACCCCUCCUCCCACAAGCUGAGCGCCGCCGCCCCCCACUACCUGCUCAUAGACACCAACGUGGCGCUGCACCAGUUGGACUUUUUGGAGCACUCGGCGGUGACGGACGUGAUCGUGUGCACCACCGUGCUGGAGGAGGUGCAGCACAAGAACCUGUCGGCCUACCAGCGCCUGCGCGCCGCCUGCGCCAACCCGGCCAAGCGCUUCUACGUGUUCGCCAACGAGCACCACCGCGACACCCACGUGACCGCCCACGAGGGCGAGAGCCCCAACGACCGAAACGACCGGGCGCUGAGGGUGGCGACCAAAUGGUACUGCGACCGUAUCCCGCAGGACAAGUGCCCCGUCAUCCUGCUCACCAACGACGUGGCCAACCGGGCGGCGGCGGUGGCGGAGGGCCUGGUGGCGCUGGGCGUGAUGGCCUACUGCCGCGCACACAGGCAGGACGCCAAGGAGCUGCAGGACCUCGUUGCAGCUGCCACGGGUGAUGAUGACAACGACGCCCACAGGGGAGGCGGCGGCGGCGGCGCCGGCGGCAGCGGCGGCGCGGCGGCGGACGAUGGCGAUGCUGACGGGCAGGGCGGCGGCGGGCGGGCGGCCAAACGCAAGAAGCUGUACUCGGAGCACUUGCCGUACAGUGAGCUGCAGGCGGGCAUCAAAGCCAACAAGUUCUACCAGGGCACGCUGCGCGUGAGCCGCUUCAACCCAUUUGAGGGCUGGGUGGCAAGCGAGCAUGUUGGGGAGGACAUCCUCAUCAGCGGCCGAGUCGACAUGAAUCGGGCGCUGGACGGGGACGUGGUGGCGGUUGAGCUGCUGCCCGAGGCGCAGUGGCGGGCGCCCAACGCCAAACUGCCAACCGCCGUGGGCAAGGCGCCUGCGGGCGAGGGCGGCGAGGCGGGCGGCGAGGGCGAGGGCGAGGAGGAGGAGCAUCAGGAGGUGCCCGAGGUGUUCCAGGUGGCCCCCGGGGAGCACUUCAACGACAGCGCCGGCAACGGAAAGCGCCCCACCGGCCGUGUGGUGGGUGUGAUCAAGCGCAACUGGCGCACGCGCGGCUACUGCGGCAGCCUCAAGCCGCAGAAGGUGCGGUCGGGCGGCGCCGCCAAUGUGCUGUUCGUGCCCGUGGAGCGGCGCUACCCCAUGAUCCGGUGUGAGGUGGAGCGGCUGGCCUUCAGUGUUCUGUGGGAGGUGGACGAGCAGGCAAACAUCCUCAACACCCACUUCACCAAGUCCGUCAUCAAGAGUCGCGCCAGCCUGACCUACCAGGAGGCGCAGAGCCGCAUCGAUGACCCAUCCAUGACGGACGAGCUCACCGUCAGCCUGCGCACCAUGAACCAGCUCGCCAAGAUCAUGCGCGCGCGCCGCGCCGCCGCCGGCGCACUGCAGCUGGCCAGCCCCGAGGUCAAGUUCAAGAUCGACACCGAGACGCACAACCCGCUAGACGUGGGCAUGUACCAGACCGGUGUGGCGAUUGAGACAAGGUUCGAGCCCAUCCUCAAGGCCGCCGCCGCCGCCGGCUUCGCGCUGGACGUGGCCAGCAGCAAGGCGCUGGCGGCCUCGCUGGACGGCGCCGUGCGCGGCGACGACCCCUACUUUAACAAGCUGGUGCGCAUCAUGACCACACGCUGCAUGACGCAGGCCCAGUACUUCGGCAGCGGCGACUGCGCCCCCUCCGAGUACCACCACUACGGCCUGGCAGCGCCGCUGUACACACACUUCACCAGCCCCAUCCGGGAGGCGCUGCACAACUGCUCCGACAACCUCAACAAGCGCCACCGCAAUGCACAGAUGGCGGGUCGCGGCAGUGUGGAACUGCACACGCUCAUAUUCUUCAAGGACCGCACCACGGUGGCGGACGCGCGGGUCACCAAGGUCAAGGCCAACGGCCUGGUUGUGUUCGUGCCCAAGUACGGCAUCGAGGGCCCGGUCUACCUGGCGCCCAAGGACAAGAACAACGCGGCCAGCAGCGGAGCUGCCGGAUCCGGAUCUGGAUCCGGAGGCGGAUCUGGAUCCGGAUCUGGAUCUGGAUCCAGGCAGUUCCUGCUGGACGAGGAGGCGCAGACGGUGACGGCUGCCGACGGCUCGGUGCGGUACGCGGUGUUCGACAAGUGCGCGGUGCGCAUCGCGGUGGAGGAGGGCGUGGCGCACCGGCGCAGUCUGGUGCUGACGCUGGUGGACCGGAGCGAGCUGCCGGACAGCGAGCGCGUGGGGUAGGGGGUAGCGGGUAGGGGGUUGUGGGAGGGGGUAGGAAUGGGGUUAGGGGGGUUGUGGGAGGGGGGAGGUAGGGAGCGGGAGGCGGGCGGUGGGAGGUGGGAGGUAGGGAGCGGGGGGUGGGAGGAGGCAGGAGGUAGGUAGGUAGGUAGCGGGAGGCGGGAGGGGCGGAGGGGUGGAGGCUACGCAGGGGUAGGUAGGGUGUUGUUGAGAGUGAACGCGCGUGUGCUGGGUGAGGGUGAGAGCAGCAGCAGCUGUACGUUUGCGUGGUGCGUUUUCCUGGUGGUUGUGGAGGGCCUGGCCCCACCACCAGCAGCAGCAGCGGCGGCGGCAGCAGCAGUAGCAGCAGCGGCCCUGGGCCCAGCAGUUGCGGCGUGAAUAUGUGCGUAGCGGAGGGGGCGAGCAGGGCCACGUGGAGGAAGAGGCGCCAGCCCGCAGGUUGAGGCCGGCCGGUGUCUAGUUCGGGUCUUUGCUGGCGAGCAUAGCACCGCACAGUGUGUGGUAGGCCGUAGCAGUGAGGAGUGUUGUGGCUAUGAAGGGUUACCUGCUGUUGCUUGGCAGUGGGACGUGGCUGGACUCAAGACUGGCCGUGCGUGCCUGUACGAACCGACCCCGGCUAUGUCCGGGAGAUGAGGUAGACGCUUGCGGCCUCAGGCUGGACACGCGGCCACUUUUCCCAUGCGAGGGGAACCACAUAUCUUGUCCUGGCGGGUUGCCUGAGUGCGAGGUUUGAGGGUUGGUGGGAGGUGGGGGAUUGUGUGUGUGGCCAGGGGGUGCUGAAUGGGUGCAGGACUAAGCAGGUGGAGCGCAUGCUUUAUGUAUGGCGAGACUUUGCGUGGAUAGCGGGAAGACGCUCUUGCUUGCGGUUGCCUUUCGUAAUAUUACGUGUAAGACUGUGUGAUGGAGAACAGCAGGUGUCGUGUCAUUCUGCCGGGGAUGACUGUCUCCGCCACCGGUCACACCACUAUUGGUGGCUGCAGGCUAGGCCGAGGACCUACGCCCCUGCAGGCUGUCCGUGCAGCGCGCUCGAGGCCUGGUAUCCGAGGCUUGGCUGAUGUGGGCGGAACGCGGAAGGUCUACAACACACAAGUAUAUAACCGCGGAACACGCCCUGGGGCAUCUAGGUUUGGCUUUUGCCGACUAUCCUGCUACAGCUGACUUGCGGAGCCGGCAGCUGUCUCCUCGCCUAACUACUCCGUGUUGGCCGCACAGUUGACGGUGGUACGUGGUUGGCAGGCUUGAGUGACGUUGACGCGUGUACGGCUGGUAGGCUAGAUGAGUGACGUUGACUCGUGUAUGUACGGCACCCCAACCCCCUUUAGCCGUUGCGUGGCAGCAGUUGGCAGCUGCGCGAGUGUGGGCAGGUAGUUGUACGGCGGCCCAGCUCGGAAGCUACCUGCUUGGCUACCUGACUGUAUUGUGACGCACACGGGCAGUUGAGCGCGCACGCGUGUGGGAAGCUGCGGCAGGGCACGGUGGAGCACGGCGGAGGCUGGCGGUUGGCGGCGCGGCGCGCGAGUGGGAGUGCAUAGUCGUGCGCGCGCCGUGUGGGAAGCUGUGUAUGAGCUGCGUGUAAACUCAGAGAGACGCACGGGGCUGACCCUGUUUCGAUAAGCUGACUCUGGCCGCACACGGUUUCACAUGGUUGACACUGCUGGGACAACUGAACGGCAAGCGUGGGGGGGGGGGGGGGGAGAGGGGCCGGGCGAAAGGAAAAACUGGUUAGCUACGAAGCAUCCAGGCAGUGCCCAUCGCGUGUCACGGUGGCUGCCAUCGGACACGUCGGUAUUGCUGCCGCGAAAGUGACAUGACGUGAAACUCAAGAGAGUGUAACAAGACUAACGA